CUCCCGGUGAUCCUGCACACGCACGACACACUCAUGAGUGCCGGUCGCGUCCCUGCAGCGCUGCAAGCAGCUGACUUCACCUGAAAAACCAGCAAAAACCCCGGCGGGACUCACAGCCAGAGAAACCAUGCGCGCUGAUUGCAUUAUGCGCUGCCGCAGGUCAUUACUCCUCUUGCGCUCUUUUAGGAGGUAACGGGGUUUUAGGUGUAAAAAAGCUUGCAUGCACAUCACCAUGGAUUGCCUUUUUCUCCUGAUAUGGACUUUACCUAUCCCGCUGGUCGGCUGCACCCCAGUAAAGCUACUCUCCACCCUCUUGUGCUGGAAUAUCAUCAAGACUCUGCACAUCUACUGCACACACGCGUCUCACUCUGUCCUGGCCGGCUAUUCUUCCAGCAGCAGCCCGGGAUUAAAUCAUGACUACGUGUUCGUCACCCCGGUGCAGGUGGACUCCGGCGGCGGGUUCCUGACCCACGACGUGUCGGGCCGGCGCAGCAGGAGGUCCGUGUCCCCGUCGCUGCACUACCGGCUGUCGGCCUUCGGCCGGGACAUGCUGCUGGACCUGCAGCCGUCCUCCGUGGUCGGGCCGGGCUUCACGGUGCAGACGCUGGGCCCGGGGGGCGUCUCCACGGUGACGGGGGAGGACCAGGGCCUCCGGACCUGCCUGUAUCAGGGAUUUAUCCGCGACCUGUCCGCCUCCUCGGCUGCCAUAUCCACGUGUUCUGGACUGUCAGGUCUGAUCCGGGUGUCCCAGGAGGAAUACUUGAUCGCGCCGCUACCACAACAUCUAGCCCAGCAGCACAACUACAGCGCGCCGGACGGCCAUCACCCACAUGUGGUCUACAAACGCUCAGCAGAACACGUGGUUCACAGAAAGUCCAGCAGCUCGUCUGAAACCGGUUCCUCGUCCAGAUCUGACGGUCCGGACCUCUGCGUUUAUCAGCAGCAUCAUCAGCAGCAUCAGCAGCAGCAUCACGACUUCCAGCACGGGAAGCUGCAGAGGCAACACUUCUGCGGGCGCCGCAAGCAAUACGCUCCCAAACCCCCUGCAGAGGACCGUUUCAUCCUGCCCGACGAGUUUGCAGAACCUGCAUCGGCGGCGGAGGAGCCGGGGAGGGCGAAGCGAUCGCCCAUCAACUCCAACCGGGUGGGCGGGCUGAACGUGGAGACCCUGGUGGUGGCCGACCGGAAGAUGCUGGAGAAACACGGCCGGGAGAACGUCACCACCUACGUCCUCACCGUCAUGAACAUGGUUUCCAGUCUCUUCAAAGACGGCACCAUCGGGACGGACAUCAACAUCGUGGUGGUGAGCUUGUUGCUGCUUGAGCAGGACCCGCUGGGCCUGACCAUAAAUCACCACGCCGACCAGUCCCUCAACAGCUUCUGCCAGUGGCAGUCGGGGCUGGUGGGGAAGGGAGGGAAACGACACGAUCACGCUGUGCUCCUCACUGGACUGGACAUCUGUUCCUGGAAGAACGAGCCCUGCGACACCCUGGGUUUCGCUCCCAUCAGCGGGAUGUGCAGUAAAUACCGGAGCUGCACCAUCAACGAGGACACGGGGCUGGGCCUGGCCUUCACCAUCGCUCACGAAUCUGGACACAAUUUUGGGAUGAUCCAUGAUGGGGAAGGGAACCCCUGUCGUAAGACGGAGGGCAACAUCAUGUCCCCCACGCUGGCGGGGAACAACGGCGUCUUCUCCUGGUCCACCUGCAGCCGGCAGUACCUGAGCCGCUUCCUUGGAACAGCCCAGGCUUCCUGCCUCGGGGACGAGCCCAAGCAGAUCGGCCAGUACAAGUAUCCCGAGCAGCUUCCCGGACAGCUGUACGACGCAGACACGCAGUGCAAGUGGCAGUUCGGCUCCAAGACCAAACUGUGCAGCCUGGAUUUUGUUAAGGACAUAUGCAAGUCGCUGUGGUGCCACCGCUCAGGACACCGAUGCGAGACCAAGUUCAUGCCGGCUGCAGAGGGAACCAGCUGUGGUCCGGACAUGUGGUGUCGGAGGGGCCAGUGUGUGAAACACGGGGACCUCGGCCCCAGGGCCGUCCACGGCCAGUGGUCGGCCUGGUCCCACUGGUCCGACUGCUCCCGGACCUGCGGAGGGGGGGUCAUGCACCGGGAGAGAUCCUGCAGCAGCCCCAGGCCGCAGAACAACGGUAAGUUCUGCCCCGGCUCCGGUCGUCUCAACCAGCUGUGCAACGCCCAGCCGUGUCUCGCCGGCGCCGUGGACUUCCGGGCCCAGCAGUGCGCCGAGUACAACAGCAAGCCCUUCAGGGGCUGGUACUACAAGUGGAAACCCUACACCAAGGUGGACGAUGAAGACGUCUGCAAGCUGUACUGCAUCGCAGAAGACUUUGACUUCUUCUUCGCCAUGUCCAGCAAGGUGAAGGACGGCACCUUGUGCUACCAGCACAAAGGAGACGUGUGCAUCGACGGGCUCUGUGAGGAGGUGGGGUGUGACCAGGUUCUGGGCUCCCAGGCCUCUCUGGAUGCCUGUGGGGUCUGCAAAGGAAACAACUCCACUUGCAAGAUCUUCAAAGGCCAGUACAACCUUCAGCACCGGGCUAACGAGUACUACUCCAUGGUAACGGUUCCAGCCGGGGCUCGGAGCAUCCACAUCCAGGAAGUGGAAGUGUCCACCAGCUACCUGGCCGCCCGCUCCCUGAAGAGGAAGUACUACUUGACCGGGGACUGGACGGUGGACUGGCCGGGGAAGUUCCACUUCGGCGGCGCCGUGUUCGACUACCAGCGCUCCUUCAACCAGCCGGAGAGCCUGUACGCGGCGGGGCCCACUAAUGAGACGCUGGUGUUUGAAAUCCUGCUGCAGGGGAAGAACCCGGGCGUGGUGUGGGAGUACUCGCUGCCGCGCACCGAGAGGAAGCCCGACUACAGCUGGGCCGUGGUUCGCUCCGACUGCUCGGCCACCUGCGCCGGAGGUCGCGUCUCCACCAAGGCCAUCUGUCUGCAGGACCAGAAGAACCAGGUCAACUUCAGCAUGUGUGACCCCCAGACCCGGCCGGCGCUCGGCUCCCACCUCUGCAACACCCAGCCCUGCCCCGCCUACUGGGCCCCGGGAGACUGGGGGCCGUGCAGCCGGUCCUGCGGCGGCGGCCAGCAGAGCCGGACGCUGCGCUGCCUCAGGAAGGUCACCUACCAGAGGGAGGAGGUGGCGGCACACUCCUUCUGCCCCGUGCUCUCUCCGGCCCAGGUCCAGCCCUGCAGCACCCAGGGGUGCCCCCCCGAGUGGAGCACCGGCUCCUGGUCUCAGUGCUCCAAGUCGUGCGGCCGAGGCCUCCGGAAGCGCAGCGUGUUCUGCCGCAGCACCGACCCGGGGGUGAAGGCGGCCGUGGUGCCCGACAGCAUGUGCAGGCAGCAGCACCGGCCCAAGAACCAGGAGACCUGCGUCCUGCGGCGCUGCCCCCGGAACGAGAGGCUGCAGUGGAUCCUGGCGCCCUGGGGAGAGUGCUCCAGGUCGUGUGGCUCCGGCGUCCAGAGGAGGGAGCUUCACUGCGGGGAGAGAGACUCACAGGGGGGGUACGUGGAGUUCCCCACUCGGAGGUGCAGGAACAUGAACAAACCUCUGGUGGAUCUACAGCAGGUCUGCAGCAGGGGUCCGUGCCCAGAGCCCCCCCGCCUGGUCCCGGGCAGACCCCCCCCCAGCACUGUGGUGUCGGGCUGGUACCCCUCUCCCUGGCAGCAGUGCUCCGUGUCCUGUGGAGGGGGCGUUCAGACUCGCAGCAUCCAGUGUCUGCGUCAGGGUCGUCCGGCAGCAGGCUGCCUGCCCCACCAGAGGCCCGUCACCUCCAGGGCCUGCAACACGCACUUCUGCCCCGCGGCCGCCCCGGCGCCGGCGCCGCGCCCCGGCGGCCACGUCACUCCUCAAGCCACGGCGAAAGACGAACUCUGCGUGGACCACUUCACCUGGUGCCACCUGGUUCCUCAACACGGCGUCUGCAACCACAAGUUCUACGGACAGCAGUGCUGCAAGUCCUGCUCUAGCAAGAAGCCAUAGGACUCUGGCGGCUCUGAGAUCGCGGCUCGUCGGCCGGUGGAGACAGCACCACCUCAGAGGCCCUUCAGGGGAGAUCGCUCACUACACCCGGAAACUCUGCCCUACAAUGUGUUUUCCUCCUGGAGUACUUGAUCAAUGCAAUUUGUAAAGAAGUAUAAGAGUGAACGCUGGGACUCUGCCGAAGCUAAGGUGGCUGCUGACGCUCUUCUGCCAAAGUGGUGUCACCAGGUUACUGAUCGCAUGUGGACUGGAGAGACAUUGCAAAUCACAUCUGAAGACUUGUUGAUGUAAUGUAUAAAUGUUGUCAUUUUGUUGAACAUUUUCCUUUCGAAACCUCUAAAACUAGAAAGCCAUCAUGCGAAGAGAAAAGGACUGUAGCAUUUGUAGCUUUGCUUAUAUGUUGUAUAUUUUAAGGCAUCAGGUUUCAUCUGCCUUUAUUUAAGUUAUUAUGGGUCUUAAUAUAUUUUUUUUUUUCAUUUUGUCAUGGGUUAAGUGGACCAGUGACCUGUUAUUUCCAUGUUUUGCUUUUACCACAGCUUUGGGACCAGUCAUGCUUGGUUCAGCUUAAAGAAAUGUUUCUAUGAGGUGUUACUGAUCAGUGAUCACUUUCUCUGCUUGCUCUGUUUUUCUGCUGCCGAAUCACAGCAGAGCGCAGUCUCUCUGUGCAUUUCACUCACGUUAAAGCAAUCAAACAUGACCAUCUGUGUACGUUAAAUAUUUUAUUCAACUCCUCUGUCUUUAUCUCUCCUGUAUCGCUAUGGUAAAUAACUUGACCGUCUAUCUGUCUUUCUUUUCUUCGCUGCAUUCUCUCGAUCGAUUGCAGCCAAAAUGAGGUGAAUAAUGAGCGAGGCUAUCUGCGGGCCUCGGGGAGAUGAGAGGAGGGUUAAGAGGGAGAAGAGAGGAUGAUUGCCGAGCGAGUGUGGGUGCAGUCUCCAUAGCAAGAGGGCUUUUUUUUUUGUUUUUCUUUGCUUGUUAAGAGAGAACAGAAGUCUGGUUAAAAUUUAGUGGGUGGAGCUUGAGAUAAGAGAUGACCUCAUUCGGUUUGAUGUCGAUAUGCUUGCAAAACAUCAAAAAAGGGUUUGAGGAUAAAACACAUAUUCAUAAAAACAAAUCGAUACAUAAUUUAGCAUAGACUAUACUUUUAAAUUUGAACUUUGACCCCCCUUCCCAGCAACCACUGAGCUCACCAACCUCAUGCAUAAACUCAUCCUUGUUUGGAUGACUAUUUCAUAGUGAUACAAAACACACUUACUGAAAUGCUGUUUAGCGAAGCUACACGUCACCUACAUGUGUAAAAAACUGAAAAUGA